CAAUUCUGCCACCAUGAUGGAAGGAUUGAAAAAACGUACAAGAAAGGCCUUUGGAAUACGGAAGAAAGAAAAGGACACUGAUUCUACAGGUUCACCCGAUAGAGAUGGAAUUAAGAAAAGCAAUGGGGCGCCAAAUGGAUUUUAUGCAGAAAUUGAUUGGGAAAGAUACAACUCACCCGAGCUGGAUGAAGAAGGCUACAGCAUCAGACCCGAGGAACCUGGCUCUACCAAAGGAAAGCACUUUUAUUCUUCAAGUGAAUCAGAAGAGGAAGAAGAAUCACACAAGAAAUUUAAUAUUAAGAUUAAGCCAUUGCAAUCUAAAGACAUUCUUAAGAACGCUGCAACCGUAGAUGAACUGAAGGCAUCGAUAGGCAACAUUGCACUUUCCCCAUCACCAGUGAGGAAAAGUCCGAGGCGCAGCCCGGGUGCAAUUAAAAGGAACUUAUCCAGUGAAGAAGUGGCCAGACCCAGGCGUUCCACACCGACACCAGAACUCAUAAGCAAAAAACCUCCAGAUGACACUAUGGCCUUAGCUCCCCUCUUUGGCCCACCAUUAGAAUCAGCUUUUGAUGAACAGAAGACAGAAGUUCUUUUAGAUCAGCCUGAGAUAUGGGGUUCAGGCCAACCAGUUAUUCCAAGCAUGGAGUCGCCAAAGUUAACAAGGCCUUUUCCCACUGGAACACCUCCUCCACUGCCUCCAAAAAAUGUACCAGCCACCCCACCCCGAACUGGCUCCCCGCUCACAGUUGGACCAGGAAAUGACCAGUCAGCCACAGAGGUCAAAAUUGAAAAACUACCAUCAAUCAAUGACCUGGACAGCAUUUUUGGCCCAGUGUUGUCCCCCAAGUCUGUUGCUGUUAAUGCUGAAGAAAAGUGGGUCCAUUUUUCUGAUACAUCCCCGGAACAUGUUACUCCAGAGUUGACUUCAAGGGAAAAGGUGGUAUCCCCACCAGCUGCAUCAGAUAACCCAGAUGACUCCCCAGUUCUGGGCUCCCCAAGUCCUCCAGGCCCCCCAGGCCCUCCUGGGCCCCCUGCUCCUCUGCGAAAUGUACCAUCGCCGCUCAAUUUAGAAGAAGUCCAGAAGAAAGUCGCUGAGCAGAGCUUCAUUAAAGAUGAUUACUUAGAAACAAUCUCAUCUCCUAAAGAUUUUGGGUUGGGACAGAGAGCAACUCCGCCUCCCCCACCACCACCCACCUACAGAACUGUGGUUUCAUCCCCCGGACCUGGCUCGGGCAGUGGUACGGGGACCACCAGUGGUGCAUCGUCCCCUGCUCGGCCAGCCACUCCUUUGGUUCCUUGCAGCAGCACCACCCCCCCUCCACCUCCUCCCCGGCCUCCAUCUCGGCCAAAGCUACCUCCAGGAAAACCUGGAGUUGGAGAUGUGCCCAGACCUUUUAGUCCUCCCAUCCAUUCCUCCAGUCCUCCUCCAAUAGCACCCCUAGCACGGGCUGAAAGCACUUCUUCAAUAUCGUCCACCAAUUCCCUGAGUGCAGCCACCACUCCCACAGUUGUGUCAGAAGAUGAUGUUUUUUAUGACAAACUGCCCUCAUUUGAAAGGCGCUGUGAAACCCCUGCAGAGAAUGAACAGCCUUCCCUCGUUUGGUUUGACAGAGGAAAGUUUUAUUUGACUUUUGAAGGUUCCUCCAGGGGACCCAGCCCCCUAACCAUGGGGGCCCAGGACACCCUCCCUGUUGCAGCAGCAUUUACAGAAACGGUCAACGCCUACUUCAAAGGAGCCGAUCCCAGCAAAUGUAUCGUGAAGAUUACUGGAGAAAUGGUGUUGUCCUUCCCUGCCGGCAUCACCAGACACUUUGCCAACAACCCAUCGCCAGCUGCCCUGACUUUCCGGGUGAUAAAUUUCAGCAGGUUAGAACACGUCCUGCCAAAUCCCCAACUUCUCUGCUGCGAUAAUACCCAAAGUGAUGCCAAUAGCAAGGAAUUCUGGGUAAACAUGCCAAAUUUGAUGACUCACCUAAAGAAAGUGUCUGAACAAAAACCCCAGGCUACAUAUUAUAAUGUGGACAUGCUUAAAUAUCAGGUGUCCGCCCAGGGCAUUCAGUCCACACCUCUGAACCUGGCAGUGAACUGGCGGUGUGAGCCCACCAGCACCGACCUGCGCAUAGAUUACAAAUACAAUACGGAUGCAAUGACAACCGCAGUGGCCCUCAACAAUGUGCAGUUCCUGGUCCCCAUCGACGGAGGAGUAACCAAGCUCCAGGCCGUGCUCCCCCCGGCAGUCUGGAAUGCUGAACAACAAAGAAUAUUGUGGAAAAUUCCCGAUAUUUCUCAGAAGUCAGAAAAUGGAGGUGUGGGCUCUUUAUUGGCAAGAUUUCAGUUAUCUGAAGGCCCAAGCAAACCGUCCCCAUUGGUUGUGCAGUUUACAAGUGAAGGAAGCACCCUUUCUGGCUGUGACAUUGAACUUGUUGGAGCAGGCUAUCGAUUCUCACUCAUCAAAAAAAGGUUUGCUGCAGGAAAAUACUUGGCAGACAACUAAUAAAAUCUUGUGCAAGGAUUUGGAAGAUUCCUAUAAUGGAGAACUGUUGUAUGAGAAACAGGUUUCAGUUUUGAUUUGAUGAAAACAAAUCAAAAUCUGCACUUGGGAUAAAUCUGCUGGAAAUGCCCACGACUUUUCAGCAGUGAUUUCCCUCACACAAUACCAUGAUGACCAGUCCUACAGUAUUUACUUCUAGGUGUAAUAUUGUUAUGGUUUUAAAAUGUAAUUAUUGUAUUUGUAAAUUGUACUCAUUCUAGUAAAGCAGUUAGACACUUGAGUUUUAGCAUUUUACCACUCCUGAAAUGGAUGUAAUUUAAACUGUGGUAUGUAAAUUUAAUAGUAGUACUGUUGGAUGGCACAGUGCUUACAGAGGUAGGUUGAAUUUUGUCAAUAUAUAAAAUUUAAAUAUAAUAUUGAUAGCUAUCACAAAGGGGGUGCCACAUACAAAGGAAAUUAAGUGGAACCAGAAGAAAACUUUUUUUUCAGUUCUUAGUAUGUUUUAUUCUAGUGCUAAAUAAAAAAUUCUAUCUUCAAAUGUUUAGUGGGUUAAAUUCAGAAACUAUUUCAGAAAAAAAAAUUCUAAGGUUACAGCAUAUUCAAAGAAAAGCAUUAAUUAACACUUUUUAAAAAAGCUUUUUUUUCAAACUGCAAAUUUCAUAAAAAUGCAAACUGUGUAAACAGGGCCUCUUAUUUUUAUAACUUGUGUAAAAAGGGAAAGCAAUUCAUAUUUAAAGUUUAAGUAUAUGAAAUUAUAAUCAAGAGUAAAGAAGAUAUUGACAUCUUAACUACUUCCCCUCUGUCUACAGCUUAGCAAAUGUAGAGAUUGUUGAAUAAUCCAGUCAGACUAAAACCAAAGUUGUGAUUUUAAAACUUCAAGACUUUCCAUAGUUGAGCUGGUUCGCAACUUUUGCACAGUUACUCUAAACAGAGAGUUUCUCCCACCAAGCAUGGAGAACGGUUCCACGUAUCUUCCUCUUUAUCCAUAGGAAUCAAAAUGUUGAGACCAAAAAUCUCAUUAAAAAAAUGUUUGACCCCUAUUUAAAUCCAGAAGGAGAAUUUUAAUCACAAUCGUUUAUAAUAUUUGGGAAGGAAAAAAAUAAGCUUUAUCAAAGAAGUUCUCUCCACAUAAUUGUGUAAUAAAGUCCUUUUAGAUAAAAUUCAUUGUAUGAAACUAUAAAUCUUUGUCAUUCUGGGGGGAAUCAAAAAGAGUUAUAAAAAAUGUGUUAUUAUUUUAUUGUUGCAAGGUAUAAUAAAAACU